AUGGAUCUGUCAGUUUGGAAUACUACCUUUUCUCCUGGUACAACAGGUCAAACGCCCGGAAAAUCCCCAUAUUAUCAUGAUCCUCAACAACAACAGCAAUUGCAACAAUUACAACAACAGCAACAACAACAGCAUGAUUCUUCAACUCAUCAUUCAACUCCUUCAUCUUUACCUUUCCAAUCAAAUCCUUUGCCUCCACAUUUAAAUUCAACUACAACACCAACUUCCAACUUUACUGAUAGUGAACAAAUGUUCUUACAUCAAUUAGAACAAAAUCUUUAUGAAGCUGCUGCUGUUCAUCAUCAUCAUCACCACCACCACCAUCAUCAUGAUCCAUCAAAUACUCAAUCUGAUGAUACGACUCCAAAUUCUCAUAUUGAAACUAAUAGUAACAAUGGUUCUAAUAAUAAUGCAUCUACUUCUAAUAAUAAUAACAGUCAUUCAAAUCCAUCAUCUUCCACAUCUUCUCAAAAUCAUAUUCAGCUUUUGGGUGGUCAAUCUUCAUCCAAUAAUAUUCAUCAGCAUCGAUUACUUCAAUCAGGGGGUAAUGUUCCACCUCCACCACCACCUCAUCAAUAUGAAUUUGGUAUUGAAAAUAUUAAUUUCAUAAUACCGGAAGAUUUAAAUUUUGAUACUGAUCCGAAUCAUGAAUCUUCUGCAUUUCCACCAUCAAAUUUGCCUCCAACUCAAACUCCAAGUUUAUUAGCUAUUAAUAAAUCAACUCCAUCAUCUUCAUCUGCUGGUCCAACUUCAAAUCCAAAUUCUGUUAAUAAUAAUAAUUCUUCAACCGCAAGUACUACUAAUUCAAAUAAUAAUGAUGAUAAAUUAUUUGCAUCACCAAUUUUGCCAGGUCAAAAUGAAAAAUCUUAUAAUAAUCAACAUUAUUAUCAUAAACAGAAAUUAACGGAACAUCAUCAAGCUCCUCAACAGCAUGUUAGACCUGAUGCAGUUUUCACUCCAUUAGUAUCACCUGCUGUUACUCCAUUGGAUUCUCAAGUUAAAAGUGGUGUUGCAUCAAAUUCAAAUUCAAGUUCAUCAUAUUCUCAACAGCCUCCUGUUUCAAUUGCAUUUGAACCAUUGACUUCUCCAGCUUUGAAUGCCCAACCAUCCAUAAUAGCGAACAAUAAUGGCAAUAAUAAUACUAACAACAACAAUAAUAAUAAUAGUGCUGAUAGAAGAAGAUCAUCAUCAAGUGUUUUUGGUCCAGUUGAUGAAACUCCAGCUACAUUAACUUCAACAGUUUAUAAAAGAAGAACUCCACAUGGUACACCUAUUUUACAAGGAAAACCAUCAUCAAUUAAACAAUCACCAUCAUUGAAAGCAAAGAAUGGAGGUUCAACAUAUCGUAAUGCUAAUACUAGUGGUAAUAGCAAUAACUUUGAGAAUUUACCAGAAUCAAGUUUAGAAUCAACUCAUGAUAUGUUACCACCAUCCCUGAAAAGAAAUGAUUUACAAUUAGGUAAUAAUGGUAAUGGUAAUGGUAAUGGUAAUGUUAAUAAUGGUAGUGGAACUCCAUUAAUGGGAUUCACCAUGGGAAUCUUGGCUGAACAUUCUCAACAUGAAGAUGAAGGUAGUCUUUUAAAUGAUGAUGAUGACGAUGAUGAUGAUGAAGGAGAUGCUGAUGAUGAUAAUAUUGAUAUGGAAUCAAAUAUGAUUAAACCAUCAAUCUCAAGAAAAUCUUCGACAAGAUCAAGAAAAUCAAAUUCAUCAUUUAAUAGCAAUAAAUUAGUUUCAAAAUCAUCAUCAAGUACUGAAACUUCACCAAAGUUAAAGGCAAGUGGAGGAAGUUCAAGUUCACUUUCAAAGAAGAAUUUUGAAAAACCAGCUACUAAAAAGGCUUCUCAUAAAUUAGCUGAACAAGGUAGAAGAAAUAGAAUGAAUAUGGCAGUUCAUGAAUUAGGCAACUUGAUUCCUCAAGCUUAUCAUGAUGAAGUUACUAUUCCAUCUAAGGCUACCACUGUUGAAUUGGCUUCUAAAUAUAUUAGAGCUUUAUUGAAUGAAGUUGAAGAUUUGAAAUCAAAAAAUUAA